AUGCAUCUUCUAAACAGCAGAGAAGACAGAAAUCAAACAAAUGUUUCUGAGUUCAUUCUUAUAGGAUUCAGAAAUCUCCAAGAACUGCAAGUUCUUCUCUUUCUACUCUUUCUGUUUAUCUACAUGGUGACCUUGGUUGGGAACAUCCUCAUAGCUGUGCUUAUUGUAGCUGAUAAGCACCUUCAUACACCCAUGUAUUUUUUCCUUGGGAAUUUUUCCUGCCUGGAGACCUGCUAUAGUUCUACCAUCCUGCCCAAGACUUUGGUCAGCCUUCUAUCUGGGGACAGAUCUAUUCCCUUUAAGCUUUGUUUUGUACAACACUAUUUCUUUGCAUCUCUGGGGGCAGCUGAGUGCUAUCUCUUAUCCGUUAUGUCCUAUGAUAGGUAUUUAGCUAUAUGCCAGCCCUUGCAUUAUGUGAACCGUAUGAAUGGUAAGUUCUGUGUGCAGUUAGUUAGUGGCUCUUUCCUUAGUGGGUUUCUGGCUAUUUCUACAACAAUAAUAUUAGUGUCCAGGUUAGCUUUUUGUGGACCAAAUGAGAUAAAUCAUUUCUUUUGUGAUGUCUUUCCACUCAUAGAAUUGUCCUGCAGCGACACUCGUCUUUUGAGAAUCAUCAUUUUUCUUGUUGCCUCUGUUUUAACCCUUCCACCAUUUUUGUUGACACUGAUAUCCUAUGGUUGCAUUAUCUCUGCCAUCCUGAGAAUAUCAUCCACCAGUGGUAGACAAAAAGCCUUUUCUACUUGCUCCUCACAUCUUAUUGUGGUUACCAUUUUCUAUGGGACAAUAACAAUUGUUUAUAUCUUACCAAAUACAGACACUCUGAGAGAUCUCAAUAAACUGUUCUCUGUUUUUUAUGCUGUCUUGACCCCCAUGAUAAAUCCACUUGUAUACAGCCUCAGAAACAAAGAAGUACAAAAAGCACUCAAAAUCUGCUUUAACAAAAAAGCUUAA